GCAUAUACAUGUUGAGAUACUUCUAGUAUUAUGCAUAUUUAUACCAUAGCAUAGGAGAAAUUGAUCAAAGGUGAUCAAAUAUAUUAAAGUUUAGAAUUUGGGUUGUGUGAAAAGAUUCAUCAGAGAAGAUGAGCAGCAGCGGAGGAGGUGGCGGUGGGGGGUGGAGUGGGGAUAGGGAUGUUGUUAGGGUUUCAAUUCCAAGCAAUGUGAGGAAGAUAAUCCAGAGUAUAAAGGAGAUCACAGGAAACCAUAGUGAAGAAGACAUCUAUGCAAUGCUUAAAGAGUGCUCUAUGGAUCCAAAUGAGACCACCCAAAAGCUCCUCCUCCAAGAUACAUUUCAUGAAGUAAGAAGGAAGCGUGAUCGGAAAAAGGAGAAUUUGAAUAAGGAGCCUGCAGAUUCAAGAUGGAAAUCAGGGGUACAGGGACGGGGAAAUAGGGGCCGAGGGACUCAUUCAUCUCGUAAUAUAUCUCAUGAUAAAGCUGCAGGUGCAAGGAAGUUGGCUUCUGCUAAAGACAACGAGUCCAACCUAGAUUUAGAUAAGGGCGUUAGCAUGUCUUCUUUGAACACUCCCUGGGAAAGUGAAGGGAAAGAGCCAAAUUCUGCUGCAAGUUCAUUAGGUGCCACAGCAAAUGGUCCUACUGCUAUAGUUUCUAGGAAUCUGACUGUCAUGCAUGAUAAUGAAAAGUUGGAGGAACAUUUGGGUCCUUCUGCUACUGCCUCUGAGAAUAGGGAUCAAUUUGCAGAGCAGAUGCCUGAUUCUAGUAACUUUUCAACUUCUAUGAGUUCAUCACAACCAUCAGGAGCUUAUUUCUUGUCUUCAGACCCUGUAUCAUUAUCCUUACAAGAUUCACGGCAGUCUAGUGCUGUGGGUACAAUGAAACAUGGAGUUGGAAUCCAGUCCAGUGCUGUUGAACAGAUCUCUGCUGUCUCUGAAAUUGCUUCUGGACUUGAUGAGAGUGGGAACUCAAAUGUCCACGGAAAGAUGCCAAGCAAGGCACACGGGAAUGGAAAGAAUCAGCACCUAGAUUCCUCACACACUGCAGCUUCUGCUGUCAGUAGGCCAUCAUCUAACUACAGCAACAGGUCUCAAGUGAUUGGCCCUCAGAAAGUGGGUCCUAAUAAGGAGUGGAAGCCAAAAUCAACAAUCCCUAGUCUUUCUCAGGGGUCGGGAACACUUGCUUCAUCUGAGGCUCCUGCUCUUUCUGUUGAAGCCAGUACCAAAAUGGCAACAGCACUGAAUGAUCUAGAUUCUAAAGAAGCUAAUGUGAGACUGCAGAGGAAAUUUGAGGAAUUACAUGUUUCUGAUGGGCAACAUGUUAUCAUCCCACAUCACCUUCAUGUCCCUGAGGCUGAAAAGCUUGGGUUCUGUUUUGGAAGUUUUGAUACUAGCUUUGGCAUUAGUACAAGCAGUAUCAACGCUCCAGAGAAUGAUCAUAGUGCAUCUUCUUCUGAAACUUCUGAUGGAAAUGAAGCUGCUGAAGAACAGUUUUCCAGUAAUCAAAAUGCAUUUGUAGCUGUGGAAGAAGGUAAUUCUCCUGAAAAUAACCAUUCAUCAACGGAUGCACUGGAAAAUCUGUCAUCUGGCGAAGGUGGGGUAUCAUCUUCUAAUGCCCUUGAUUAUGAUGAGUCCAAGCAAGAAAGUACACCUGGAGGCAAUCAGUAUACUGCCAGUCAUACAACUCCAAACUACAGCUUUGGAUUUAUGCCACCGAUAGUUCGUAGUCAACUUGCACCUUUUGAAAGCUCUGAAAGCCAAACUCGCGAUGUCUCUCGGCUUCCUGCUUUUGUUGUUCAACCAACAAUUGAUCCGACCAGCUACUAUGCACAGUUCUAUCGUUCAGGAGCAGACAGUGAUGGUCGCAUUUCCCCCUUCCAUCCUGCUGGAGUAGCUAGCAAGUACAGUGGAAAUUUUGCAAUGUUGUCUCCGCAGACUUCUCAGUCUCCUCAAGAGCCCAGUAACCCUUUGGUUUUGUCCACGGCAACACCUACACCACUCAUAACUCAAGCUGCUGGUGUUAUGCAGAGCUCCAUUGCUGCAACACAGCAACCCGUUUCUGUCUUUCGGCCACCGGCUGGUCUGCAUCUACCUCAUUACCCUUCAAACUAUGUCCCAUACGGUCACUAUAUCUCUCCAUUCUAUGUUCCACCUGCUAUCCAUCAAUUUAUAAGCAAUGGUGCAUUCCCACAGCAGCCUCAAGGUAGCAAUUUGUAUCCAGCUCCACCAGCAGCAGCUGCCAAAUAUCCUCUCCCACAAUACAAGCCAGGAACUAACCCAAACAACUCAAGUCAUGUUGGAAUUCCUGGGAGUUAUAUGCCAUAUGGUUCAUCGAUGGCCAACUAUAAUCCCAAUGCAGCAUCAGCCACUGGAAACUCAACUACGAAUGAGGAUCUUGCUACAUCUCAUUUAAAGGAAAACAGUCUUUAUGAGAGUAGCCAACAGAGCGAAGGCUCUGGUGUAUGGAUUGCACCUCCUGGCCGAGAUUUUUCUAGCUUGCAGGCCAGCUCAUUCUACAAUUUUCCCCAGGGUCAGGUGGCCUUUGCACCUGCACAGCCUGGCCAUGGGACCUUUGCUGGCAUAUAUCACCCAGCACAACCAGUCAAUGCAACUACUGUUAACCCACUACUGCAGCAGUCUCAGACAAUGGCAAGUCCUCUAGAUGUGGUUGGACCCACAGCCAGUGCAUACCAGCAGCCACAACAUUCACAAAUGAACUGGCCUAAUAACUUCUAAAGAGGGAGCUCAUUUUCUCUAAGCUACAGAACUGGAAGUGGAAAUUGAUAUCUUUGAAUUUUUUGAGAUUCUCCAGCGAUGUUGAAGUAAACCAAAGCAUCUGCAAUAUGAACGUAGAAUAUAAUCGAGCUGAGCAAAAAUUUUAUGAAAGGAGACCCAAAAAAAUGGUUUGGUGGAUGAUAUCUGUUGAUCGCUGGAAGUGAUGAUACUGAUGGUGAAAUGCUUCUGUAUGGAUAAUUGACCUUUUAUUAGUUGGAAAGGUGUUCUGCUGGUUAUCUGUCUUGCUGCUGAUAUUUGGUAAACAACUGCAACUUUUAAGCCAUUAUCUUUUUGGCAUUUCUUUUUACACUUAGCAUUCCUUGGGAGACAACUUUUUUCUCCUUUUCAACUUUUUUUUCCCUGAGAUUAUUAGGCUUCUGAAAGGUGAAAUUGAGUUCACAGCUCUCCUGUAAAGUAAAUUUUGAUAGCAACGAUUUAGCUGGACUGUUGUAAUGGGUGUUGGUAUAAGCAAAUGCAGCAUUCUAUUCUUUUCAUUGUUUCA